GGAUAAGCUGUAAUGACGUGAUCCCAAGAAAUUUUGACCUUAUUAUUUUUUCCCCCAAAUUUGAUGUGAUUAAGCGAAGAAAUAUUCUCGCGUCGUCCGUUUACACUUCAAUCCAGAAAAUUCAGACCUUUACCAUUUUAAUAUAUACUACAAAAGCCUGUAUUAAAAACCUAGUCUCUACAAACGGAUAAAAUUCAAUUUGGGGAUUUUGAGCUGAGAAGAAAUGGGUGGACGUCCAUCUGUCCAUCAAAAAUCAAUCCACGAUUUCACUGUUAAGGAUGCUAAGGGUAAAGAUGCGGACUUGAGUGUAUACAAAGGGAAAGUUCUACUUGUCGUCAAUGUUGCUUCCAAAUGCGGAUACACGAAUUUGAACUACACCCAGUUGACAGAACUUUACAGCAAGUAUAAGGAUAAUGGUUUUGAGAUCUUGGCAUUCCCUUGCAAUCAAUUCUUGUAUCAAGAACCUGGGUCGAGUGAGGAUGCAGAACAGUUUGCUUGUACAAGAUUUAAGGCUCAAUAUCCCAUCUUUCAAAAGGUAAAAGUGAAUGGUAAAGAUGCCGCUCCAUCUUGCUGA